ACGCUGGGUGUUGAGAUGCGAUCCGUCGAGAAACUGUUGGCCGUGAUGACCGUCUGGUUCCAUCACCAACAUUUGUGCUGUUUCGACCGGACGGUGCGAGCUCAGAAACAUCAAGAACAGCAACACACUUGUCUGCACGAAUUCAGAUCCACCGAGAACCCGUCCGGCAAUUUCACGUCUCCCAACUAUCCGGAUUUCUAUCCGGCCGAAACGCGAUGCUACUACAUUUUCCACGGACGCAAGUGGGAAGGCAUUCGAAUUCAGUUUCACACUUUCGAUUUGGAGUCACCCUACACAGUUGGGUGCUUGUCGGACUUUGUGAGUAUUACAACCGAGGACGUGAGUGGUUUAAGAACGGUUGCCGGACGCUAUUGCGGACAACAGACUCCACCCCCACUUCUGGCCAUGCAACCCAAAGUCGAAAUCCUCUUUGCGGCAAAUUACGUUCACCAUCACAGAGGCUUUUCGGCUUCGUUCAGCUUUGUCGACGAAGAAUCGUUGACGUUAGCCCCUUCGAACGCCGACUCGAAUUCCGGAUGCGGUGGCACAAUAAGCGGAAGUGGUGGCGUCCUCCUUUCGCCAGGUUAUCCUUUAGCCGUUCAAAGUUGGCUCGAUUGUUCUUGGCUAUUAAGAGUUCCGUUCCAGCAACAUGUUUACGUGCGACUCGAGUACCUCCAGCUGCACGGAGGUCUCGCGAGUUGUCCUUUGGCCGAGUUAUCCAUCCACGACGGUUACGGACCACUUAACGAUCAGGCUCCAAAGUUGCGGAGGUUUUGCGGUGAUCUUCGCUAUUACAAAUCCGUAAGCGAUCGAAGCCUUUUGUCGAGGAGAAAUCGGCUGCUCGUCCGGCUGACUACCGGCAAUCUGACGUCCGUCAAAGCGCUUGGCUCUCGUUCGCCAGUUGUUCCGUUCGGUUUCCGGCUCAUUUGGACGUCUGUUGAUUUUCAAACGGAACAGAAUUGCUUGGCUCAAGGAAAGAUUGUAUGUCGGGAUUCGCAGUACUGCUUCAAUUUCCGCCGUUUGAGCAGCAUUUCCUGCGACUCCACCCUUCUCUUUUGUCUCGAUUCGUCGCUUGGCUGUGACGGUGUUAUGAAUUGUGAAGACGGUGACGCCUCCGACGAGCUCAGUUGUCAGGUGCCGUUCUUGUUCGCUUCUGUAUUAGCCAUCGUUUGCACGUUAUUCGUGGGGACGUUCAUGUUUUGGCUACGCUCUCGCGUCAAAAUAUGUGACAAAGUCACGCAAGAACUUAGCUAUUUGUCUGCUAUCGAACGUCGGGAUGCUGAACCUUGUACCCGGCACGAGGAUUGCGUCUUUUACAUCGACAAUGGACGAACAUAUCCGACUGUUGGUAAAAGACUCAGCUACAGCGAAUGUGAAAAACGUGAAAUGAGUCACAGAGAAACGAGGCGUAUCGCUUCGUUACCGCUCUUUGAUUGCAAGCAAAUGAACGCGAACGUGAACAACGGAGUUAAUGUGCUAAGAAGGCAGACUAGUGGAUUCGAAAUUGGAAUGGCCGAGUCGUACGUGUAUCCAAAUAAUUCUGUAACGUGCUUUGAACAGCCGAUGCCCAACAAGUUCGUUUGGGACAGGAAUACGCGAACGACAUCUUUGCAACAAAACGAUCGUGCCAACGAAGAGUACUUUCAUCAAAAGAAGAAAAAUGUUUGUAAAGAACAUAGAAAUGGAUCUGUGGAAAUUCAAAGAGAGAAGUCGUACAACCCGUUGUGUCAGGAUGUGGUUGCUCGUGAGGUGAGCGUUAUUAGGAAUGCCCAUGUUGUAACUGUAACCAGCUUUGGACCGAACGAAACUAUUGACACUGAGUUGUGGUAGCGUGAAGUCGUAGUAUGUUUAGUCAAGUUCAAGCACGUGAAACUUUGUUUUUCUAUGCAGAGGCACAGUCAAUCUAUGACUAUAUGCUCUACAGUUAUUUCUGGUCAUAGCUGGAUAGUAGAACUCAUUGAAAAU